CAAAGAAUCAACAGUUAGAGCCGCUCAUUGUUUUUGCGGAGAGACAGGCCAGAGAAGAUGCAGAUAUUCGUGAAAACCCUAACCGGCAAGACCAUAACUCUCGAGGUCGAGAGCAGCGACACCAUUGACAAUGUCAAAGCUAAGAUCCAAGACAAAGAAGGAAUCCCCCCGGACCAACAACGUCUCAUCUUCGCCGGAAAACAGCUCGAAGAUGGCCGUACCUUAGCUGACUACAAUAUCCAGAAAGAAUCAACGCUUCAUCUUGUUCUGAGGUUGAGAGGUGGGAUUAUUGAGCCUUCUUUGAUGGCUUUGGCUCGCAAAUACAACCAAGACAAGAUGAUAAAAUAA